GCAGACUUCAUUUAUCUCGACUUGGUUUAGUUGAUUGAAGACUUUCGGGCAUCUAUUCCAUCUGCACUGUUGAAGUCGAUGAUCUGAUUCCCCAAAAGGACUUCGCGGUUGACAUCCUCUCGUUAUCUUCUCCUAUCAGGGCUUCGUUUCUCACCAAUGGCGUCGCGUUGGGCAUUAUUUGCGCUUUUCUCGAGCUUCUUACUCUUCACAACAUCGGGAGUUCUCGCACAGGCAGCUUCAAGUUCUGGAGUGAUCCCGCCACCAACUUCUCCGCCUGCGGGAAGUCCAGCAGCUACCUCAGUUCUCACGACCCCGCCAACCACAUCUGAAAGCGCGAGUCCAGGAACGAAGUCGGGGACAACAUCAAGCAGCAACAGCCGCACAACUUCUACCACCACGCCGAGCGGCUCAAGCUCAGGGUCGAACGCGCCAGAUGUGCUUCUCAAUGUCCCUCAACUCUCAGUGGGCCGGAUUGAAUUGGAUGUAGACAAUCUUAAAGCAGACAUCAAUCUCAACGCCAACGUUGCCAGCCUGGUGAAAAUCAAUGCUGGAGUCGCGGUCUCGAUUGCCAAGGUCAAUAUCACGAUUGUGGAUGUGGAAGCUCAAUUGGAGCUCAUCGUCAGACUUGGACAUUUGGUGGAUAUCGUGCAGCGGGUGUUCAAUUCUUUGGAUCUGAACCCUCUCUUGAUUACCCUGCUCAACGAUGUGACACAAGUGGUUGACACGGUAGUUGGCGUCGUAGACGGCCUCCUGGGAUCCAUCACCCAAAGCGGCACAACUCUGAACUUCCUCGUCGACAACCUCGGAAACAUCGUGCAAUCCGUCGUAGGUGCAGACGGUCAAGCAGUGGAUACCAUCGUUGGCAACUACCUGCAAAACAUGACGUACACGGGAGUCUCGACGCCGCUUUCGGGUGGCAAUGUGCAGAAACAGUAUUCGUACGCACCGCUCAAUGCGUUGGUUAAUAUCAUCUUCAAUUCGUUGGGGCAGAUCGUGCAGGCUACCGUGGCGGGUACGGGCACUGGUGGGAUAGGUGGUGGUUCGAGCACUACGGCUUUAUCUACGAGCUCCAGUGCGACACCAACGACUUCCGCAUCUUAAGCUACCAGUACAGGGACAUAAUUUGGGUGGAGAGUUGAUGUAUAUAUUCUAUUCAUUGAACAAACUUGACUUUUGUGUGGUUCGGAGUAUGAAUCACUCUCUCAUGCCCAGCUUUCAAUACGCUUGUGGCUGCUUGUACGCCUUGAACGGGCUAGACAAAAUGAAGUGCUACAAGGAUUUGAUAGAGAAGUGUAGAGGGCUGGCUCUGGCCACGGAUUCGGGCUAAUAUGGCAACAGACAGGGAAUGGCCUUUGUGGAGCUACGUGUUGGUACAGGCACUGUUCCGCAGUUACUAAAACGGUUCUCCUGUAUAUACAACUGUCAGCCCCAAAACUGUGAGGAAUGCUGCGGUGUUGCCUCUUGGAUCAGAAUUAGAGUGUCACACGUGGGCUGCCAAUAGCACUUGCACGGUGGAAAAGAAGGAGGCUUUAGCAAAUAG